AAAAGUUGUGGUUUAAGAGUGCGCAGCCGCAGGUAUGAAUCGCAGCUGUAUGGAAUUUUUAAGAAUGAUUUAGAUGAAACAGAGAGCCUGAACCAAAGCCAGUUGUGCUGUGCUUUGUAGGUUCCUCCACGGUUUGAGUUUUAAGGUGAAAGGCGCGCAACUGAAUAUGGAAUAACAAAGUAUAGCUGCAGGCAUCGCGAGGCAGUUGGACGGCAAAAAACGAGCGAGUAAAGGGUGAACUAAACGGGCAGCCAUGGAGACCACAACGAGAGCCGGGAAGGAGCGGCUUGUAUUCCCGCAACUCGCUUUGAUGUUCCUUAUUGCUGCCCACAGUAGUUUGGCUGAGAUCAUCUUCAGCAAGGAGCCUUAUUCCCAAGAUGCCUUAAAUGGACGUGGUGCUAUUCUGCGCUGUGAGGUGGAGAAUCCAACUGGCAUACAGUUUGACUGGUUGCAUAAUGGAGUUCCUGUCAAAAGCACAGAUCGACGAUAUAAAGAGGGAAGUAAUCUGCAAUUCACUGCUGUGGAUAGACGGGAAGACAGUGGAAAUUUUCAAUGUGUAGCCAAAAACAAUUUUACUGGGGAGGAAGCUCGCACCAGCAAUGCAUCCUUCAAUAUUAAAUGGCUGGAACCAGGUGGAGUUGUUCUUAAGGACCCGUCUUCUGUAUUGGAUAUAAAGACAUCAAAGACUGUAGUUUUUCAGUGUCAUAUUGAUGGCCAUCCACGCCCCACCUGUCAGUGGUUCAGAGGUGGCAGUCCAGUCAUAGAUGGAACCAGUUACAUCACUAACAACAAGGACCGAACUUUAACACUGAAAAGCCCCAGCCCUGAUGACAAUGGUGUUUACUACUGCUGUGCACGGAAUGCUGUUGGAUAUGUUUGCAGCAAUGCCAAUUUUUCUCUACAAAUUAUAGAUGAAAGCUUCCCCCGUGCAGUAGUAAUUCCACAAAAUCAAAUUGUUAGCAAGCAUGAAGAGGCGAUUUUUCACUGUCAGUUCAGCGCAGUGCCACCUCCAGUACAAAAAUGGUACUUUGAGAAUGAGACUGCCCCCAUUACAAAUAAGUCACGCAUGGUGGUGUUUUCUAAUGGCUCCCUGCUGGUGACUCAAGUAAGACCAAAAAAUACUGGUGUCUACAAGUGUAUUGGACAAGGAUCUAAAGGAAAGCCGUUAGUUCUCGAAGCAUCUUUACACUUAGCGGAAAUUGAAGAUUUACCGCCUCUCCCUUCCAGGACAUUUCCUGCUAGUACAAAGCAGCAAGUUGAAUGUCCCCGGCCACGAGGUGUGCCUGAGCCUUUAGUGUGGUGGGAGAAGGCAGGCACACGCAUCCCCACAGCUGGAAGAGUCCAUCAGGAUGGAAGAGAUCUCAUUUUCACAAAUGUUGAAGAGGAAGACAAUGGGGUGUACACCUGCUUUGCAGAGAACAAGGCAGGGCAGAAGAAACAGGAGCUGAAUAUCACUGUGGCAACAGUUCCAACAUGGGUGGAAGCACCCAAGGAGAGCUCCUUAGAAGAGGGCAAGCCUGGCUAUUUGCACUGCUAUACCAAAGCUUCACCAGAACCAACAGUGACUUGGUAUCGCAACAACAUCGACAUUUCUGAAGAUCCUCGCUUUAAGAUAUUUGAAAAUGGGACCCUGCGCAUCAACAAUGUAGAUGUUUAUGAUGCUACAACAUACAACUGUGCUAGCGAAACAGAUGCUGGCAGAAUUGAAGGUUCUGCUCGUGUACACGUCCUAGUGAAGCUGAAAUUCACUCCUACCCCACAACCUCAUCAGUGCUUGGAGCUUGAUAAAGAGUCCACUGUGCAGUGCUCAGCCACAGGCCGUGAGACCCCUACCGUUCAGUGGAUCAAGACCGAUGGGACCACCCUGCCACCUAACAUUCAUCAGAAUUCUGGUCAGUUACAUUUCAUGAGGGUUUCAAAGAGUGAUGCUGGCAAUUACACCUGCUUGGCAACCAAUAACAUACAAGGGGAGAUCAGAGCAGUGGUGCAGCUUCAAGUUGUAGUGUUUGUAAGCUUCACAUUGACACCGGACAACACAACCGUAUACCAAGGACACACAGCAGUGUUGAACUGUAAAGCAGCAGGAGACCCUCAGCCCAGCAUACAGUGGAAAGUGAAGGACAAAAUCCUGGAUGCUUCAAAAAGUAACCCAAGGAUUCAGACAAUGCCAAAUGGUUCUCUGGUUAUUCGUGAUGUUACUUCAGAAGAUUCUGGGAAGUACACAUGUAUAGCUGGACACAGCUGCAAUAUCAAACACACAGACGCAUUCCUCUAUGUUGUAGAGAAACCUACAACACGAGAAAGUGAUGAAACUGGGCAAACCCCAUAUAAGAUGAUCCAGACCAUCGGCCUGUCUGUGGGAGCUGCUGUGGCCUAUAUCAUCAUUGUACUGGCUCUUAUGUUUUACUGUAAGAAACGCAGAAAGGCAAAGAGGCAGCAGAAACAUGGCGAGGGUGAAGAACCUGAAAUGGAGUGUCUUAAUGGAGCCACUAUACAACAGAAUGGGCAGACAACAGCAGAAAUUCAGGAGGAGGUAGCUAUGACCUCUCUGAAUACAGCGACAUCCGCAGCAAAACGUCAUAGCAUCAAUGACAGACUGCACUUUCCUCGUUCCAAUCUGCAGAUGCUUACAACGCUUGGAAAAGGUGAAUUUGGGGAGGUCUUCCUAGCCAAAGCUAAAGGUGUUGAUGAGAGUGAAGAGGAGACAGUCGUACUGGUGAAGAGCCUUCAGGCACGAGAUGAGCAGUUACAGCUGGAUUUCCGGCGGGAGUUUGAGAUGUUUGGAAAACUGAACCAUUCCAAUGUGGUUAAACUUUUAGGACUUUGCCGCGAGGCAGAACCCCAUUACAUGAUCCUGGAGUAUGUAGAUCUGGGAGACCUGAAACAGUUCCUAAGGAUUGCCAAGAGCAGAGAUGAGAAAAUUAAAGCUCCACCAGUCAGCACAAAACAAAAGGUCUCAAUCUGCACACAGGUAGCUCUAGGUAUGGAGCAUUUGUCCAACAGUCGUUUUGUGCACAAGGACCUGGCAGCACGUAACUGUCUGAUCAGUGCCCAGCGACAAGUGAAGGUGUCUGCCCUUAGCCUUAGCAAAGAUGUUUACAACAGUGAAUAUUAUAAUUUCCGUCAAGCACUGCUCCCCCUUCGAUGGAUGCCAACUGAAGCCAUAGUAGAUGGUGAUUUCUCCACUAAGUCAGAUGUAUGGUCAUUUGGUGUGCUCAUGUGGGAAGUGUUUACACAAGGAGAAAUGCCCUACUCCAAACUUAGUGAUGAAGCUGUACUCUCAGCUGCACAGAAUGGCAAACUGAAACUUUCUGCUCCUGACGGCCUCCCUUCCAAACUGAAUAAAUUAAUGCAGCGCUGCUGUGCAGCCAGUCCAAAGGACCGUCCAUCUUUUAGUGAGAUUGCUAACUGUCUAGGUGAGAUGACUGCUGAUAGUAAAGUCUGACUGGAACCUCAGUAGCACUGGGAAGCAUCAGCAAGAGUAAUGGAUUGCUGCCAUUGUGCUGUCACAGACCUGGGUGGGGAACAUCUUUGAAGGGUCUCAACACAAAGUGAAGGAAAUGCAGACAGCACAUUGUAAAGGCCUUUUUUCUGACCGAGAACAUUGUGCAUAUUUAUACCACAUUACUGUGCCGCAGGACUUACAUGGCUCUGGGAUCUACCUCUGCACUAAGCAGGACAUUUUUGUUAUAGGACCUUCAAGUAACUGUAGUACUGAGGGAUGAGAACUUGUCCAGAGGCCUGUGCCACAGUGGUGCUAGAUAAUACGGACAACUUUGUUGCAAAGUAACUUGUCCCUUCAUGCUAAGUUGGAACGGCUGGCCUCCACCCUGGAAAGGAGGGUGCACUUUUUAUUACUGCAGUGGUUAUUUAAAGCCAUUUUGCCUGCAAUUUUUGUAAUAAUCUUUUUUUUUUCUGAGCAACCGAACAGGAUACAGUUAAGCACAUUGUUACUUGGACCACCAAAGCCUAUAUAAAACUCAAGAAUUCAAAGUGUAUCCCCAUUACUGUUUUUUUUUCCCCUCUUUCUUUUCUCAUUUGGACUAGGUACAAUCAUAAGAAGUCAUCUGUUUCCCUUCUCUGUGGAAGUCUCUCACCUCUUGAGGUUUACGACAGCUGGUAGUUUUCCAGUGAGAUCAGUAGGAUAAUUUGGAGGUGGUCUUAGUGGUUACUGCUCAUUAUUCUAAUGAAGGUGAUAUCACCAGCUAAGAAUUGAUCAUAUAGCUGUAGGUCAGCAGUGGAUACUUGUAUGUAGCAGUGGUAUAACACUCAUGGGUGAUCUGUGCAAGCCCAGAUUUAUCAGUGGUUCAUUCUACUUCAUCCGUUCUGCUUUCUCCACUAGCACAUGCCAACUAGUGUAAUUAUUUCAUGUUCUUGAACCACAUUCUUCAGAAAUGACAGAUGCGUAUUUAUAGAUCUGUUGAGUAAUGAGACAAGAUAUCUGACAUUCAGUGGAAGUUGCUACCCUGAAGCAGGUUCACUAUUUAUUUUAUUUUUUUUUUAAUCACUACUGCUUACAGUAAUUAGUAAUUGUCAUCCUAGUUGUUCAGCUUUGAAGUUAGUGACUGGCAUAGUAACAGGAUCUUUAAAGGAGGAAACAUCUGUGGUCCAUCACUUAUUUCAUACUUAUUGAGCUAUUUUGUUGUUACCUUUUUUCAGUCAGUGUUCGUUGACUUAAUCUGAAUCAUGUCAUCUUUAUCACCCUUUGACAACUUUCCGUUUAGCACAGCUCUGUACAGUUGAGUAUCCCUGCUUUCUAAUGAGGCUGCCAGGGUUUGUUCAGCAUUAGAACAGUAGUAAAACUGACCAUGCCUUUCGGUUUUAAUGUUCAGAAUAAUGUCAAAACAGAGCUGUUAAACCGUAUCAAAUCUGCCUUUUGGUUUAUAGUGUCAGUAAUGGAGUGGAUUUUCUUGUUGGACCUAGCCUGUGGGCCUUUCUCAGACUGUAUGCUAUAGUAUUAUGUACGACAGAAAUUGGUGCAACAUGUGAUGCUCUUACCACAGUUAUAACUGCAGUACUUGUAGAGCUGAAUCAGAAUUUGUGUUCCAGGGUCCUGAGCCUAAUGCCCCAGGCACUGACUUGGGACAACAGUGGAAGACUGAGCACUACAUUUGUUUGGGGGUAUUAACUGGGGUGUUGACAUGCCUGAAAUGAACUUAGCAGGGGAACCUACUUCCUAAAACAGUAGUACUAGAUGCAAACAGUUGUUCCUUUAUAGUGAAUUUAGACUUUCAGUACAUUUUUUCCUGCUGAUUUUGUGUCCAAUUUGUAAUGCUAUUCAUUCUUCCAGUAAAGCUGUGUGUGAGAAUUUGUCAGGUCAGAUGCAUACACACUCCUAGUUCAGGUAACACUUUAGAGAUAAUUUCAUUGCUGCUUGUAAAAGUGUCUUACUAGCAGAUUGCAGUUUCUUGUGCUUCAUGUCAUCCUCUGUGGAGUGUUUCAUACGUUAUGAUUUACUGUUUUCUGAUUUUUGGUUCAGUAUAGUUUUGUUAUAAUGGUCAUGAUUUGGAUGUUUCCAAGACUGUGGUUGCCUGUGUAUGGGAAUCUUUUGAUUUCCCAUCCCUGAUCA